AGAGAGAAUUUUCUUGUCUCGUUAAUGAAGGCGCGGAAGGAAAGCGAAGCCGCGGAGCCAGAGAGGAGGAGGCGACACACUCCCUCACUCACAGACUGAGAGACUGAGAGGAGAGGAUGCUCCGGAGGAACAUGUGGACAGACACACACACACAGCACCGCCGUCGUUAGUUCAAGGAUUUACUGCUCACACACCGCGGGGUGUAUUGAUGGUCCGGUGGGCAGCUGCGGAACGGGGGCUGAGCCAUGGCUUCGGUUUGGAUUUUAACUUUAGCCAUCGGGGUCGCCGUUCACAAAGUGGUGUGUGGGCCGAGAUUCUCUCAGGAGCCUGCUGAUCAGUCGGUUGUUUUGGGUGAGCGAGUGGUGUUGAGCUGUGUGGUGUUUAACUACACCGGCAUCGUCCAGUGGACCAAAGAUGGACUCGCGCUGGGCAUUGGAGAGGACCUGAGGGCGUGGCCUCGUUACCGUGUGUUGCGGAUAGUGGACGUUGGUCAGUAUAAUCUGGAGAUUUCCUCGGCGGAGCUGUCGGACGAUUCUCUGUAUGAGUGCCAGGCCACUGAAGCUGCUCUUCGCUCCAGAAGAGCUAAACUCACCGUACUCAUUCCUCCUGAUGAUCCAGUGAUAGAAGGAGCUCCAGAAAUUCUGCUGAUGGCUGGAGUUUCCUAUAACCUGACGUGUGUGUCACGAGGAGCCAAACCGCUGUCUACUAUAGAGUGGUACAAAGACGGAGUGAUAGUAGAAGGAGCCCAUACUAGCACUGAGGUGUUACCUGAUAGGAAGCGUGUGACCACGCGUAGCUUUCUGCCCAUCCAGCCAGUGGAUACAGACACCGGACGCAACUUCACCUGUGUGGCCUCUAACCUGGCCGUGCCAUUGGGCAAACGGACCACUAUCACACUUAACGUCCACCAUGCCCCUACGGUUUUAUUAUCAAUCUCACCCCGUUCUGUUCUAGAGGGGGAGAGAGUAACGUUUACCUGCCAAGCUACAGCAAACCCUCCCGUCAUGGGCUACAGGUGGGCUAAAGGUGGAGUAAUCCUGGAGGGAGCGCGGGAGAGUGUGUUUGUGACGACAGCAGAUCACUCGUUCUUCACUGAGCCUGUUUCCUGUCAGGUGUUUAAUGCUGUGGGCAGCACCAAUGUCAGCAUACUGGUGGACGUACACUUUGGUCCGAUCCUGGUGGUGGAGCCAAGGCCAGUGACGGUGGAUGUGGACUCUGAUGUCACUCUGAACUGUAAAUGGGCUGGAAAUCCUCCUCUAACACUCACCUGGACAAAGAAAGGCUCCAGUAUGGUUCUCAGUAAUAAUAAUCAGUUGUACCUGAAGUCGGUGAGUCAGGCGGAUGCAGGGCAGUAUGUGUGUAAAGCCAUCGUGCCCAGGAUUGGAGUCGGGGAGACAGAGGUCACACUCACAGUAAAUGGCCCGCCAAUCAUUUCAAGUGAACCCAUCCAGUACGCUGUAAGGGGGGAGAAGGGUGAAAUCAAAUGCUACAUUGCCAGCACCCCCCCUCCUGACAAAAUUGUGUGGGCUUGGAAGGAGAACGUGUGGGAGAAAGAGAGAGGAACUCUGUUGGAGAGGUAUACAGUAGAGCAGAGUAAGCCUGUGUCACAGGGGGGUGCCGUUCUCUCCACUCUCACCAUCAACAACGUCAUGGAGUCGGACUUUCAGACCACUUACAACUGCACUGCCUGGAAUUCAUUCGGCCCGGGCACCAUGAUCAUCACUCUAGCGGAGACUGAUAUCGUGCCUGUGGGAAUAAUAGCUGGUGGAACAGUUGGAUCCUCCAUGCUGCUGAUCCUGUGCCUGCUCGCUCUGGCCUUCUACCUUUACCGCCAGCGCAAAAGCAGUCGUCGUGGGGUCACGCUGAAGCCGGACAUCAAGGUUGAGACGGUCAACAAAGAGACACAUAGCCUCGAGGAAGACUCGGCCAGCGUCUCCACGGCAACUCGCAUGCCUUUCAAAGACGACAUGGACCUGAAGCAGGACGUGCGCAGCGAAACGCUGGAGACGAAAGAAGAGUACGAGCUGAAGGACCCCACGAACGGCUACUACAACGUCCGAGCGACGACCCACGAUGAAAUCCACCCGGGCUCCCGCUCUGUGCUUUACCAGGAGUUCCGCCCACCAAACCCAGCUUCCGUCUCUGCCUCUGCAGCUGGGCCAACGGCCGGCAUUAACCCUGCCCCCAUCGGUCGUUACGAGCCACGCCCACCGUCCCGGAUCGCCCACACCACCUACGCACACUUCAACACCAUCGCCAGAACCAAACAGAGCCAAGCCCCGCCCAACCCGCCUCCUCAGACCACAGACUAUUCCAGAGAAUGUGGCCUUCUGGAGUCCACCAAUCAGCUUGCCUACGACAGCUACGGCUACCCAACCACGGCCCAGUACUCUCAGUACAGGCUGGGCUUCGCCCCGCCCUUGGAGGAAGGCCCGGCCUAUGAGAUGUAUCCCACAGGACAGGGGGUAGGGCUGAGUCAAGGGGUGGGGCUGAGUCAAGGGGCGGGGCCAGACCCUGCAUUAGGAAAGUAUGGAAGCUCGACACGUUUUUCCUAUUCGUCCCCGCAAACGGAAUACUCUCAAAGACACACCCAGAGAAUGCAGACACAUGUAUGAGUGUGUGACGGACAUGCUGAUACACACA